AUGAUCGAGCCCAUUGGGAACCAAUACAUUGUGUCCAGGCCGGUGUAUUCUAAAACCACCUUCGGAGAAGAGCAUAAGAAGAAACACAGGCAUCAUAAGACAUUGCUGGAACAUCUCAAAGACUCUUGUCGCUGCUCCUCCCAGAAGGCCAAGAGAAUCGCCCUCUCUUUGUUUCCCAUAGCAUCGUGGUUGCCGGCAUACAGGAUAAAGGAAUGGCUACUCAGUGACAUUGUUUCUGGAAUCAGUACAGGUCUGGUGGCCGUACUGCAAGGUCUAGCCUUUGCCCUGCUGGUCACCAUCCCCCCGAGCUAUGGAUUGUAUGCAGCCUUUUUCCCAGUCAUCGUCUACUUCUUCUUGGGCACUUCUCGACAUAUCUCUGUGGGUCCAUUUCCAGUUCUGAGUAUGAUGGUGGGAGCAGUCGUUGUGAAAGUGGUCCCAGACGCCGGUGGGGAUGCUCUGAUGAUCUCUAAUAGCUCGGAGAGUAAUGGGAUAACAUCAGACGACCAACAGAAGGUGAUGGUGGCUGCAACGGUGACAAUCCUUUCUGGAAUCAUCCAGUUGCUCAUGGGGGUUCUACAGAUCGGAUUUGUGGUCAUCUACCUUUCUGAUUCCCUGAUCAGUGGCUUCACCACAGCGGCCGCGGUUCAUGUGUUGGUCUCCCAACUCAAAUUUAUGCUUCAGUUGAGUGUGCCAGCACACAGUGAUCCGUUUUCAAUUUUCAAAGUUCUUCAGUCCAUAUUCUCACAGAUAGAGAAGACGAAUAUCGCGGACCUGGUGACAUCCCUGAUCAUUCUGUUGAUUGUAUUUGUGGUUAAGGAAAUCAACCAGCGCUACAAAGCCAAACUUCCGGUGCCCAUUCCGAUCGAACUCAUCAUGACAGUGAUUGCCACAGGUGUAUCCUAUGGUUUUGACUUCAAAAACAGGUUCAAUGUGACUGUCGUUGGGGAUAUGCCAAGUGGGUUUCAGGCCCCUAUUACACCUGAUGUGGGGAUUUUCCAACAGACCAUAGGAGACAGCUUCGCCAUCGCAAUCGUUGGCUUUGCCGUGGCCUUUUCGGUUGCCAGUGUCUAUUCUCUCAAAUAUGAUUACCCAAUUGAUGGCAAUCAGGAGUUAAUAGCUUUGGGCUUGAGUAACAUCCUCACUGGGUCCUUCAGAGGAUUUGCAUCCAGUACAGCGCUCUCCAGAUCAGGGGUUCAGGAGAGUACAGGCGGCAAAACACAGAUUGCCGGCCUUCUCAGUGCCAUCAUCGUGUUGAUUGUCAUUGUUGCCAUUGGAUUCCUGCUGGAACCACUACAAAAGUCCGUCCUGGCAGCCCUCGCCCUUGGGAAUUUAAAGGGAAUGCUGAUGCAGUUUGCUGAGAUAGGAAGGCUCUGGAAAAAGGACAAGUACGAUUGUUGCGUCUGGAUCGUGACCUUCAUCUGUGCCGUUGUGCUGGGACUGGGUCUGGGCCUGGCGGCCAGCGUGGCCUUUCAGCUCCUCACCAUCGUCUUCCGGACCCAAUUUCCGAAAUGCAGCAGCCUGGCUAAUGUCGGAAGGAGCAACAUCUAUAAGAAUAAAAAAGACUAUGAUGACAUGUACGAGCCGGAAGGAGUGAGAAUCUUCAGAUGUCCAUCGCCCAUCUAUUUUGCGAACAUUAAUUUCUUUAAGCAGAAACUGAUCGAUGCUAUUGGCUUUAACCCACUUCGGAUUCUACGGAAGCGCAAUAAAGCUUUGAAGAAAAUCCGGAAGCUGCAGAAGAAAGGCCUGCUACAGGUGACACCAAAAGGAUUCAUCUGCACUGUGGAUGACGUGAAAGACUCUGACGAGGAGCUAGAUAAUAAUCAGAUCGAAGAACUGGACCAGCCGAUCAACACCACAGACCUGCCCUUCCAGAUAGACUGGAAUGGUACUCUCCCACUCAACAUUGUGGUCCCCAAAAUCAGCCUCCACAGCCUCAUUCUCGACUUCUCGGCAGUGUCAUUUCUGGACAUCUCUUCAAUGAGGGGUCUCAAAACGAUUUUGCAAGAAUUUAUCAGGAUCCAGGUGGAUGUGUACAUUGUAGGAAGUGAUGAUGAUUUCAUUGAGAAGCUCGCUCGGUGUGAAUUUUUCGAUGACGAAGUCAAUGAUUCCAUAUUUUUCUUAACCAUCCACGAUGCGGUGUUGCAUAUUUUGAUGAGGAAAGAUUACAGCACUUCAAAAUCCAGUCCCAGUCAGGAAAAAGAAAAGAAUUGUGACUUUACUGUCAAUACUAACGGAAGCCUGCGUAAUCGGGAAUGUCGGGUACCCGUGGAAACGCAGUUCUAAGCAAGAGAGUUCCGAGUGCUCUUCAUCUGACCGCCAUAGAAAGCACUUUGUCUCCAGAGAAGUUAUUGAUACGUUCAUACGUUGUAUGAAGAAUAUUUUUAUUUCACAGAAUUAUGUUUCAAACUUUGGAACGAGAUUGUUCUAGCGGGGUGUAUUUUUUUCACAUAUCUAGUAUAAACUUAUGUAAAUACUCUUCAUUUUAAUCUUGUAGACUUACCAAAGAGAGGGGGAGUUUUGUGUAGGUGUAUUUUUGUAGAAUUCCAGCCGACUCACUCCCUUCAUGCCCACUGUGCCCUGGCCUCACACCGCUGCUUCCCAUCUU